AUGGUCUGCUUCCGCGCAUCUCUCGCCCCGUCUACUACGGUGCGCCGAAUUCGAACCAUCUGCACCACCAUCUCUCUCUACAUCGAGGCAUUCCUGUGUCAUCUUCAUACCGUUUUUUACUUUUUCUUGUUCCACACCUAUGAGCCAGCCUCUCGUGCCUGGUGGGAUUCCUCCAAGGGCUCGGCUGUGAUUGUCUAUGCGCCCCACAACGAUGCUGUAGCCCGAUACGUUGCUCUUCGUCUCUCGUCCGGCUCGCCGUCUAGUUUUGCGCUCAAAGACGUUGGACCCACCAAGCGCAACCCUCGUGCUCCUUAUACGUGCUUUGUCCUUCACGCCGAUGCGGACCAGUUUUCCAUCACGGUAGCACAGUGGGCUGCGAAAAAGGCUAGGAUGGAAAAGGCACUCUUCAAGCAAAGAAACCGCGCAAGGUCGUCGUCGAGCACCAAUUCCAGCGCGCCUUCUUCUCCUUCAUCGUCAUCGCACCUCCACCAUGCCAAGUCGUCACGAGGGGGCAGCGAGAAUGGCUCAUCGGAUCCGUCUUACCCCGCUGCUACCUCGUACACCAUCCAGCCAGGACAUAGUGACAGAGGAGACCAAACUCCACGCCCUCACAAACAUCGUUCGCGGCCACAACCCAUUCAGAUCGGCGCCAAGUCCCGACCAAGGUCACGCAGCUGGUCAAGCUGGGCUGGACCCGACCUGUUCGGAUAUGGCAUCGAUAUGCUCAAAGGUUGGAUGCCUGGCAGAUGCGGCCCCAAGACUCCAUCUUCGGGCACCAUCAUACCCAUCAUGGCGGAUGUGCAAACGGCCGACGGAUUGGCGAUGGUUAAUUCGACAAUUUCUGCGUAUUGCAGCUCGCACGAUCUACUGCUCAGCGGAAUCAUACUGAUACCUUCGGUACUGUGCCCACGCAACGUGCCACUGACGACGAGUGCCGCUGCGCUGGCUUCCAAGAUGGAUAUCCCCAAGACGCCUAACAGCGCGUACAGCGAUGUCGAUCCGUUCACGCUCUGCAAUCGGGACGUGUGGGGCGAGCUUCGGGCCUCGUCUUCGAGCCGAUCUGCACUGGCAACACCAAGCGCUACGCAACGAGAUCCGUUUGGCUUGGCACCGCCGUUUCGAGAAGCAGCUGAGCUGGGAUCAUCGAUGGAGUCGUCGUUGUCGUCGAUCUUGACUGCGCAAGCUUCACCUCCGCUUUCCCCGUCAAGCGCUCGCAUCGUUCGAACGCAAGACGACGAGCAAGCAGCACUCUACAGCGCGCUCACGACCGAUGUGGUUCAAUCUAAAGCUCUGAUCAAUGUCCUCUUCCCAGCGUUGAAGCGUGAUAAAGGUCGGAUCCUCGGUCUCGUCCCCUCCGGCCACGGACCGGACCUUCCACAAGAUCCCGAUACGCUUUCCUUGCAAUCCACGCCCUCGCGUGCCAACUCGGCCAAUGGCAAGUCGCGAGAUCGAUCGCUUUCCACUGCUUCCUCGGUCAGCGUUGGUGGUACUGGUGAUGUACCCGUCCUGCGUACCUGGCCAAGCGCGGUCGUCAACACGGUUCGAGAAGCGCUUCGCUCGCAAUACCGUGAACUCGAGUUGGAAUACAUGCGAAGGGGCGGCGGCGCACGUCAAGUGCACGUUUGCAUGAUCGAAACCGAGCCGUUGGUCAAGCUUCCACAGACGAGGCUCAAGAAGGUGGUCAAGUGGAAUGAAUCGGUCAGGUAUUUCGCGCAUCACGGCAGGAAGAGGCGCUGGUGGAGGGUGAAGGACUGGGUUGGGGUAGCGGGCAUUUUGGAGAGGUUGCCAUUCGUGGGUCGGUUUGGGAAGUUGAGUGAUGAUCGGGAGGGGUGUGGGGAUGGUAGUGGUGGCGGGAGGUAUGAGAUCUACAUUCCUGUGGAAUUGAGGCCAUUCCUCGGUGGGUGGAGUCGAACGUCUACUCAAGUUGAUCGAGAGGGUGAUGGAUUGGCGAGGGCAGGAGGUGCGCCGAUCAUGGUUCGAGCGUUGCGCAGGUUGGUGCGAGUGCUUCGGUGGUUGGAGAUGUGUUCUGUUCCAUGGGACGAUUUAGCCGAACAUGUAGCAGCGGUUUCGUACCCGAUUGCGCUGGGCACGUCAUGUCCACCUACACCCGGUCCAUCGCAGUCGCUACUACACCCUUACACAGUUGCCUCGAAUCACGCACCUUCGUCGGCCGGUUUCCACCGCUCUGCAUCCAGUCGAACGUACCCAAAACCAUCCAACAUGUUCUCGACGCCUCCGCCCCUGCAGUCCGACUUGCAUCCCGACGACGAGACGCCUAACUUCCCUUUCUCAACCGCUUCGUCCGGUCCGGCCUAUACGCUUCUUUCGCUCAAGCCGGACGCCAAUGUCAGAAUUGCAAGAUCCUACCCGCGUGAAUUGUCCCACCAAGACCCCACCCCGCUCUUCGAAGCCCUCCGCUGCGCUCUCACUAGCUACCAUCCGCGAAGCACCUACUAUCCCGCCUUGAGCGCUUGGUUUAGUACACUUCUGCACAACAUCGCCCCUUGGUUUCAGUCCGACCUCAAACACUUGCUAUGUGCCUAUCUGGACUCACACGCCGUCGAGCAUGCUGGCGUCUAG